CUUCCGGUGUGUUUAGUCAUCCUGCCGUAUAAGGAAGUGGGAGAACUCCACAUGAUAAAAUGUACCAGGUUGGGAUUUUACACGGAUUGCGGCGUUUGUCAAAAAUACAGCAACAGAUCAUCAGAAAUGUCCAGAUCGGGGUUCGUCCAGCAUCCCUCAGCGAUGGGAAUGUUUGCAGUUCUCGGGUUGCACUUUUGACAAGGCAGGAUGAUUUGCUGCAUGUAAUGCGAAGGUCAUUUUUAAAAGCACAUGCAAAUAAGGUUCAGUCAUGUUGUGCUGUAAGAUGGUACAAUUCCUCACCAGUCCAAUCAGAAGAUGGAGAUCUAAUUUACUCGGGAAACCUGGGAAAAGCUAUCCGCGGUGUGAAGCUUUUUUCCUAUUCCAGCAGUAUGUUUAGUCUCUGUGUGAUGCCGUUUGUCCUCAUGAAAACAGGCAUGGGUGUGAACAGCUUGGCACUGCAAGUGGCUUUUUGUGGCGUUAUAGGUUUCUUCACAUUUUUGACUCCUGCUCUCCUCCACUUCAUCACCAAAGGCUAUGUCAUACGCCUGUACCACAACAAGGAGACGGACAUGUACACGGCCAUCACUUACAGCGCUGUCCUAUUGGAGAAACGGACUGUGUUUCAUCAGAGUGACGUCACGAUCCCUGACGUGAGCCGGAUGUUUACUAGUUUUUAUGCCAAGAAACGCUCUAUGCUGGUCAACCCGAUGCAUUUUUCUCUGCCACAUGAUUACAACCACCUUAUGGGUUAUGACCGUCCGUUUUCCUUUGACAUGGAUGACUUCAGCAAACCAGAUAAAAAUUAACUUGUGUAUAUAAUACUGGUGAAUAACCAAGAUGUUUAGUAGUAUUUUUAAAAUAAUUUCAGUGCAGCAUUGUAACGUAUUGAAUAUUGGCAGGCAUCACUUGUCAUCUGGUAUAUUUGUCAUGUAUAAAAGUGUAAAUAAAUGUAAAGUUGUAUUUACAGUACUAUCUGCACACACAUUCUGUGUAUUUCCUGAUUUUUUUCAUGGUUUUAUCUCAUAGCCUAAUAUCUGUUCUCAGAUAGUUCCUUAUUCCCACGACCCAGUGCUGUUUGUACAUUGAAAAAUCACUGAUCUUUCCAUCUAAAGAGGACUUUUUACUGUAAAGCAGAUUAUAAUUUUGAUUAGGAAUUAAGGCUCUUUUCAGACAUCUUGCUAGCUUUUUUCAGAGUUAAUAUGUAUUUGUACACUUCAAUUUUAAUUUUUUAUAUUGUGGCAGUGCCUUGUGUGUCCUCUGCCUUUUCCGAGAGAACAUUAUUGUGUUCUUCAGAGGAUUUUAGUUUUUGGUACAGCUACGAAGGUGAGUUACACUUUGUUUUUCUUAAACAAUGUGCUUGUAAUGAACUUUCAAUGUACAAAACUAAUUGCUAAAUUAUCCUUUUUGGUUUGUUUUAGAUCAAAAUUAGCAGUUUAUUGAGCUGUUGAGAUUUUUUCCAUCAAAAAAUGUUUAUAACAGCAAUCUAGCAACUGAGUGAGUCAGAAAUAAAAAUGGGCUGCACGAUUUUGGAAAAAAA